UGUUACGAAGCCAUUAGUUUUAUACCAGAAGCUCGAGCAGGACAUAUGGCAAUAAUAAUUGGAGAUCUAUUAUAUUUUAUGGGAGGGUCUCGUUUUAUUCCAUCCGCAAAUCCAAUUAAGAGCUCAAUAAGAGUGUAUAAUUUGUCCGAUGAGGUUUUUUAUCUAAAUCUUUCAUCUCAAUUUUCCACUGUUAGCCCACCAUAUGUUGACCUUACAAGUACUUCUGCACGAAUGGAAUAUGCAAGUGAAAAAGGUGCCGUGGUGCUCGGAGAUGCUGUUAAUGAAAAAGCGUAUCUGAUUGGAGGUGUACAACAGAAUCUUGCACUCCUUAAUGAAAUUGAUCAUAAUGCAACUAUAACUUCGAAUCAAACAUUGAUGAUAAAUGAAAUUAGCAAAACCUAUAAUACGACUGAUCAAUUCGUUUUUUUCUAUCAGUCACGUGCAAAAUCUUGGUCGUAUCCUUUGAGUUAUAAUGGAACGCAGCCGUCUAGACGAAGAUCAACUUCAACUGCCAUAA